AUUGCUUUGCCUUGCAUGACUCUAGAGUAAGAUGCUUUCUUACUAUUUGCAGCAUGACUUGGUGUCACUCUGGCUUGUGCCAUAAAUGCUGUCAGAAAACCUCAGCUCAUCAGACUCAGUGGGUGAUGACUAGUGGAGAUGGAGACAGAUGGGCGAGAGACACGAUGAUGACACUGUCUGCUGUCUGGGAUCACAAAAAGCCUCAUGGAAAUCCCCAGUAUGUCCAAGCGGCGCUCGUCUGACAGGGGGGCUGGAGAGGCAUCAGGCAGGGCCAGCAAGCUACAAUGUCCUGGGAUAUCUGGCAAUAAUGCCAAGAGAGCUGGGCCCUUCAUACUUGGGCCUCGCCUGGGCAACUCACCAGUGCCCAGCAUAGUGCAAUGUCUGGCCAGAAAGGACGGCACUGACGACUUCUAUCAGCUCAAAAUCCUGACACUGGAGGAGCGGGUGGACUCUGCAGGGGAGACUCAGGAAGAGAGACAGGGGAAGAUGCUGCUGCACACGGAGUACUCCCUGCUUUCUCUCCUGCACAACCAGGAUGGGGUGGUCCACCACCACGGCCUAUUCCAGGAUCGCGCCUAUGAAAUAGUGGAGGAUAUGGAGGCCAACAAGGUGCGCAAGAUGAAGAAGCGGAUCUGCCUCGUGCUGGACUGCUUGUGUGCUCAUGACUUCAGCGACAAGACGGCAGAUCUAAUAAACCUCCAGCAUUAUGUCAUAAAGGAGAAGCGACUGAGCGAGCGUGAGGCCAUCGUAAUCUUCUACGAUGUGGUGCGUGUGGUGGAGGCCCUACAUAAGAAAAACAUUGUGCACAGAGACCUCAAGCUGGGAAACAUGGUGCUGAACAAACGGACUCACCGAAUCACCAUCACCAACUUCUGCCUGGGAAAGCACCUGGUGAGUGAGGACGACCUGCUGAAAGACCAGAGAGGAAGUCCGGCCUACAUCAGUCCUGAUGUAUUAAGUGGUCGGCCGUACCGUGGUAAACCCAGUGACAUGUGGGCUCUUGGUGUGGUCCUGUUCACCAUGCUGUAUGGCCAGUUCCCCUUCUAUGACAGCAUACCUCAAGAGCUCUUCCGUAAGAUCAAGGCUGCAGAAUACUCCAUCCCAGAGGACGGCCGUGUGUCUGAGAACACAGUGUGCCUGAUCCGAAAGCUGCUGGUGCUGGACCCUCAGCAGAGGCUUACUGCAGGAGAGGUGCUGGAGUCUCUCAGUGCAAUCAUUGCUUCAUGGCAGUCUGUAUCAUCGUUGAGUGGCCCUCUGCAGGUGGUGCCAGAUAUUGAUGAUCAGGUCCAUCACCCAGAACAUCUGCAAGAGGCCAAGGUGAUAGAAGAGUCAUCACAGUACGAGUUUGAGAACUACAUGCGCCAGCAGCUGCUGUUGGCUGAAGAGAAGAACACUAUCCAUGAGGCCAAGAGCUUUCUCACCAAGCGCCAGUUUGGUAGCAUCCCACCUGUAAGGCGUCUGGGCCACGACGCCCAGCCUGUCAGCCCCCUAGAUGCUGCCAUCCUGGCACAACGUUUCCUCCGGAAGUAGUCCCCAACCAGCCAUCUCUGCCUCUCUGACCUCCCCAGGGAGUACAGAGACCUGGGGAAUCCAGAGAGGACUGAGAAGAAUUAGUCCCCAAACUGAACUCGCAAACAGGAGGCCCAGUCAGAACCAGGGUACAGAUGGCCCCAUUUGCAGAUGGGCUUUGGGCAAGCUAGGUGGAGCAGGCAUGAGGAGGGCACCAGAACAGAAGACCAAAUUAGACUUCAGUCCUCAUGUCUGGAUCCUCCAGUGAAACGCAGAAAGCCCUGGAGGAAGAUCUGAACCAAAGGUUCCUUGCCCUCAGGUCACCCACAGUCAGAUCUCACUGUGCAACCAACCUGAGGCACAGUCACAAGGGUGUGGCUAACACGAGGCUCUGCCUGGAGUGUUGAAGAGACAAUUAACCCCAUAUUCCUCCUCCUUUGAAAUCUCCUUACUGUAACACUUUCCCCAUCAACUCUGGGUCCCCUGAGCAAUACAGGACCAGAAUCAUGUAGCAACCCCUUCUUUUCCUAGUGGUUAAUGGUGUUGCCUCAAGUCAGAUCACCUGAUCAAAGAUGUCACUUCUCGAUGCCCCCAUUCCACCCUCCUCCUCCUCUGUACUGUUUUUUUCCUGAAUCAAAAAUGAUCCAGACUAGUCCUGUCUAUAACGCUGACUUCAAAUCAAUCUACCUCUCUGUCUCUCUUCUCUGUUGGUAAACCAUGCUCACUGUUCUGAGACAAGGGAUUGUAACAAUGGAGUCUUGAUGCCACCAGUGACAUAAAGCAUUAAUGUUUUCUGUCAGUGAUAAUGCUUUGAAACCUUUUCAGUGGUUUCAAAAAAAUCUGAAUAAGCUUUUUCUCAUUUACCUAAAUAAGUAGCAUUUUAUCCCUACCUUUGAAUUGAAGAUACUGAAUAUCAAAGUAUGUCUACAUGCAUCCUUUGAUAUUUGCAGAAUUCAUUGUCUCUAUCUUUUACUCAUCCCUGUGGAUAUUUUUUUUUUUUUUUUUUUUUGCAUCUAGGCAGCUAGUGCGAGGUACCUGGAAGUCACAAUGCCAAGACCUGAAUGGGGGAAAAACUGUUGGAUCCUCCCUGCCAAGGCAUAUUAAUGGUAAUGCUUCCUCAGUGCCAUGAUGGUGAAGAUCAGGCACUGUCAUGUUUCUAUUGCCAAAAAUCAUGUCUUAAAAUUACUCUUAGCCAAGGAAACUGGUACCCACAGCCUCAUUCAGAAUCAAAGAGCUUCCAGGUAUUCCAACUUUCCUGUUUCUUUUUAGAUCAGAUGACUGAUCAGAUCACAGGACAAGUGUUUUUCAGUCUGAAUGUGAACGGUCAUUCUACGCUUUGAUACUUCUGCAGUGUCCAUGAGAGAGUGUGUGUGUGUUUCAGGCCAGGCAAAAUAAGAGCCUGCAGAACUGUCGAGCUGUUAACCUCUGACAGUUGCAGGCUCUUUAAGCUAUCCUCCAAUCAUUGUUCUGUUAUCUGGCCUGCCUCAGUGGCAGACACUGUGAAAACCAGAGCAGGCUUUGCUAAGACGGGACUUGACUGAAUGGUUUUGUGAUUGCCAUGAAUGCUUUCUUAAGAUUGGAAAAUAUCACACACCUAUUGCCAUUCUCAAGCCCUCUCUCUAGCUAAACUUAUACAUGCUUGUAGUAUUUCACCAUGGAGGCUCUCUAUAUAGAGGGGAUAGCUGGGGUCUAGUAAUUGAUACUGUAAUAUUUCAUAGAUAAAUGGAAAAUACAGACUCAUAGGUUUCAAGUUUCUUUGCUGGGUCUUCUUGGCUAGUGAUGCAUUCUUCUCUUUAAUCAAAGAGUUUCUUUAAACCAUGGCAAAGCUACUAACCAGUGACUGUUAGGCAUCUGUACACUGCAACUUGCCUUUGCAUUGGUACCUGCUUUAGGCUAUCUAGGCUUCUUCUUAUUUAUAUUCAAAGUCAUUGCAUGAACAUAGGCUCUGGAAUAUUUUCAAAUAUCUUUUUUUCUUUGUAAUUUCACGUAGAUUUAUUUAUCCCCCCCCCCCAAAAAAAAAACAACAACAAAACACUGGGGCUUGUAUCACAGACUAUGAUCGUAGUCUGUCAAAAAUGUCCUUUGAAUGAAAAUAUCCUCCAAGACAUUGCCGCAACUGAAACGGGCCCCAAAUCUUUCUGCUCUCACAGCUUUAAGAAAUGUUAACUCCAACCGUGGUUCUCAUUUUGAUCCUUUCUUACCACAUUCAUUCAAGAGUAGCAUCUGUUGUUUUUCCUUUUGGAUUUCUAAAUCAUUUUCUUGCCAUUUUGCCACAAAGUCUGUGGUCAACUUAAGCUACACUAAUAACGAGACUGACCUUUGCAUAGUUCUAUUUUUUACAGAAAAAUGAUACUCGCACAUUAUCAUGAUGUAGGGAGUUUUUUAAGUGUUUUUGUUUUUCUGUCCCAAAAAGUCUCCACACAUGGCUGCACUCUCUGGUCAGUAUGUAAAUAUGUACUAUCAUGAAUGCGCCAGUCAUAUUUUAUGUAGUUCCACCCAGUGAGAUACCGACUCAGUUUCAACACAUGCCGAUUGACGUGCAUUAUAGGCCACGUUGGCCAUCAACCACCACAUCUGGAGGCUAAAAUAAUAUGUAAAGAGAGCUGUUAGCUUUCUCCCACCUCAAUGUGAAUUCCAUGGGUAUACAGCAGUAUUGUAGAAGUCUAGGUUGUUCAUCAUAAAAGGGUGUUUCAUGAACGCCUUAGCCAUUGGUGAAUGAUGACAUUACGUGAUCGUCUGUGGAAAGUGUGUUAAGCCAUCUUCCAUGACGCCCAACAGCAGAUUAGUAACUAAAUAUUCAAUACACCGUUGAUGUAGAUAUUAUUCUCAGCCCCCCACCCCAAAUAAAGUUUUUCACUUUCUAGCUAGUGGAUUGUACCACAGUCAAUGUUUGUUUUACAGAGUUGUAUUUGGUAGAUUUCAAUGUGGACUAAAAAGCAUGGAAAUGGUGUGAGGUUAAAAUUUGUAAAACGUGACAGUUGCAUGAUUUUAAACUUGCAAGGUGUGCCAGAGCAACGAAUAGAGAAUUUGAAGACAACUUACUCCUUCGCGUCCUACAGGAAACUACAAAGCAAAAUGGGUAUACCCUUAAUUGGAUGAGUAGUAAAAUGUCGUAGUUAAUUUUCAAAAUACUUUUUUUAUUUUUUAGAUUUUCACCCUGCUUCUCAAGUUGUAAGUCGUCAGUAUAUAACCAAUAUAUUGACUGUUUCACCUGGAAACUUGGUGUAAGAUGUGAAACGUGGUGUAGUUUAAACCCAAUGGGAUAAUGUGUUGUAAGCUGCUUGGUCGGACAUGGGCAUCUAGAUACAGAAAACUGCGUUAUUGUACAGAUGAAAAACACGUUUGUAUAAAAAAACAUAUUUUUCUACUUCAUCAGAUCUCUACAUGCAUGUCAGCAAUAAACUUUGAUAUGGAAACAUUCAA